AAGGAAAACAGUAUCCUACGAAAGGGACACAGAUGUCUGCUACGGUGCUACCUUAAAACCAAUUUGAAUCGAUUGAUUUGAUUGGGCUGUGCGGCCACUUCGAUGCCUUAACAUGGGCUGCUCCUCCGAAGCUGCCAGAACGAGGACACAACGCAGCAGCAUCAACGGCUAUUAUAAACACAAGAACAACACCAACAAUAGCACAAUCAGUUACAGUAACAGUAACUGCAAUUGCAACAACACAAACAACAACUGUUGUGACAACUAUAAAAGCAGCAGCGACAGCAAUAGUUUGCGUUUAUUGAGUGCAGAGGUGAUCUGUCAAAGCACAGUUGACAGCGACGAGGAGCCAACAAUUUCAAAAGAAAAUAACUGCCAGCGACAGACAGACACAACGACAGUUACAACAGCAAUAGAAAAGAUACAAAAGCAGCAAAGGCAAGGAGAACUAAAAGUCGUAGGCGCUGAAGCGGAAGACACUGAAAAGCUGCGACAAAUUGAGUACAGCCAAAGUGAGAGCGUAGAGGCGGAAGUGGUUGGUGUUGCGGUUGAAGGAUUGCUGUGUACUGUAGGCGGACGCCAUUGCGAAUUAUAUGCCACUUGUGUAAAUUGUUGCCCAAGUGGAUUUGAUAUUAACGCGCAACACAACAGCAGCAGCAACGACAAGGAAAGUUGUUACGCAAACUUUCGUCACCGCACGGCAAGCGGAAGAAAUAAUUGUUGCCACCGACAGCUGCCGCAAGAACUGCCGCACACGCGCGACGAGUUUCCACCUCAAGCGAGGCAAGAAUACGAACCAGAGAAACCAAGAGAAAAUGAAACGUGGCGCGCGGCAUACGGUAGCUUGGCGCUGCGGAGGGAAAUGGAGACAAGCGCGCGUCCGCCUGCGCCAGCCACCGCCCUGGCGCGCACAAGCUGCUAUGAGCUGCUGCAUUAUGAGCGCAGCGCCCUAACCGAGCGGCUGGCUGGACUGCGAUAUAGUUUGAGCAAAGCGAGGGACCAAUGCGCGGGGGAAGAGCCGAUGGAGAGCGCUGGCACAUGGUCACAGGGAUUGAACCAUGAGCGACGCCGGCGACACAGCCAGCCGGCGCAGCUGCAGAGGCUUGAUGAGGGCAAGCGCCAGUCGCUGCAGAUGGCAUAUAAGCGUGAGCGCCAACAGACGCGAGUGCGGCGCGACGAGCAGCCGCAACAACAGCGUCAAAAGCAACGAAUUGAUGUAGUGCAAACUGCAAAAUGCUGCCGCCAGCAGCAGCAGCGCGUAGAGCAGCAGGAGCUGCCAAACACUUUGGGGCAGCAAAGGAAUGCGUUGACAUACUGCCACCACCACCACCAACAACAAAUCGAAGAACAGCAACAACACCACAGCCACCACCAACAGCAACCGCAGGAGCAACAACAACAACAACAACAACAACAUCAACAUCAAACAAUGUCCGUCAAUAAGAAGAAACAAAAACAACUCAAAGCGUCACAAUUACAACAACACCAUUCCCCACAAAAACUUCAACAGCAAGAAGAACCGCAACAGCCGCAAAAGUCACAAAAAAAGCCACAACAACCGCAAAAAUACCAGCAACAACAGCAGCGACAUCGCUUGCGACGCGGCAUUCAGACAGUUGCGGCUGCCGCUUAUGGCGCCUUUAGCUACAUCGGUCACAACUACUAUCAUCUGCUGGGCAAUUCGUUGAGCUUUUAUGCCGCUUCGAGUGUUAUUUUGGUGCUCUGCUAUUUGACUACAACAACAGCGGCGGCACACUCGCCCGACAAGGCGCCGUUCGAUAAGCAUCCUAUAUUCGACGAGUCCAGCUCGGAUAAGGAAAUUCUGGACUUGUUGCUGGAGAAGAAACGUUACGAUAAACGUCUACUGCCGCCUGUUAACGAUGAAGAUUUUUGUUGCGGUUUAUCUUCACCGGAUAUGGCCAAAGUCAGCAACUCAAGGAGGCCACAUAACCGCGGCACUUUGACGGUAAAUGUGAAUGUGUUGCUGCUCAGUUUAGCCUCGCCCGAUGAGAGUAGUUUGAAAUACGAAGUUGAAUUUUUACUCAAUCAACAGUGGAACGAUCCACGUUUACAAUAUGGCAACAAAUCGCAUUAUGACUUCUUGAAUGCGUUGCAUCAUCACGACAGCAUCUGGACACCGGACACCUAUUUCAUUAUGCACGGCGACUUUAAGGAUCCCAUUAUACCAAUGCAUUUUGCUUUAAGAAUCUACCGAAAUGGGACCAUUACGUACGCAAUGAGACGCCAUUUGAUCCUAUCCUGCCAAGGUAGUCUGCACAUAUUCCCAUUCGAUGAUCCAAAGUGCUCCUUCUCAAUGGAAAGCAUUUCCUAUGAGGAGGCGCAAAUCAAGUAUGUUUGGAAAAAUGACGAAGACACGCUGCGAAAGAGCCCAUCUUUAACUACAUUAAAUGCGUAUUUAAUAAAAAAUCAAACAACACCCUGCGACCAAAAUAGUUGGCGAGGUAAUUACAGUUGCCUAGAAGUCGAGUUGACUUUUACCAGGGACCGUGCAUAUUAUUUCACCACUGUUUUUAUACCCGGCAUUAUAUUGGUGACAUCAUCAUUUAUCACAUUUUGGCUGGAAUGGAAUGCUGUGCCAGCCAGAGUUAUGAUCGGUGUAACAACAAUGUUGAAUUUCUUCACAACAUCCAACGGUUUCCGCAGCACACUGCCCGUCGUCUCCAAUCUCACCGCUAUGAAUGUGUGGGAUGGCGUCUGCAUGUGCUUCAUCUAUGCCUCGCUAUUGGAGUUUGUAUGCGUUAAUUAUAUGGGUCGUAAGAGGCCGCAACAUAAUGCUGUCUAUCGGCCAGGCGAGAAUCCUGUCACACAGCGUCUUCCAGCGGUUCUAAGCAGGAUUGGAGUAAUUCUUGCAAGUCCUUUGGGCAUAAUCGAACGAGAAUUUCAUGCUGCUUUGUCGUCUGAAAAGGCCACGGCGGGCGUAGCAUCGAGCAGCACUACUACGGGCACCAGCAUACCAGUUACGCCUACACCAAUGCAUCCCUACCACGCUGAGUUAUUAUCGCCGACUCCACAGCCAACACAAACGUCGCCGCCACCGGGCAUGAGCGCAGUUGACGCGCCACGUAUACGCUGGGAGGAACAACAUGGCGGCAUAAUUGGUGUCGCCAUGCAAAAUUUACGCGCGCGUUCCAUACGCCGCCGCACGCGCUCACCGGGUUCAGCUACAUCGGGUGGCAGCUCCUAUGCAGAUACCGAAUCGGGACGCGCCAGAGCGCCAACUACAAUGUCCACAGUCGUGGAACCGGUUUAUACGGAACCUACUUUUGUAGCGACAGCGGCCAGCGACGGCGCGCAAGAGCCUAAAGUCACCGUCGUCGAAGUAGAGCCGCCGAUAGCUGCACAGCAGCAGCAGCGUCGAAGUAUUUCUACCAAUACGCCACCGCUUAUUCAGAGCAUCAGCAGCAGCGGCGUCGUCGGCGGCGGCGGCGGCGGCGGCGGCGGCGGCGGCGGCGGCGGUGUCAACAAGCAGACUGAAGCAGAAGAUGCUGUUAGUGCUACACACACAGAAGCGUCUACGGUGGAAAUGGCGGCCGACGCUGAUGACGGAAAGGAGCAGCCAGCGCAGCAGGCAGCGGGUGGUGUAGCCGACGCUAGCGGCCAUUUGCCGGUGAAGCCACCACGCCGCAAGCCUUCGCGCUCCAGCUCACCAGUGCCAUUCUACGAGCAGGUGCAAGAACGCGGCACCAACGGGCUGGGUGGCAUGCCGGCCGAAACUUUUUUCAAAUUUACCGCCAUCUAUCAGGGUGAGAAGGGACGCGAUGUGCGCGCUCCCAACGAGAUCGUCGCUUGUACGACUUGUGGCGGUAGCAGCAGCCCGUGCACACACUCGGCCAACAAUGGAUGCGCAACAGAGACUUGCUUCGUCCAAGUGCGCAAAAAGGAACCGCCACAUCCUAUACGUAUAGCAAAAACAAUCGAUGUCAUCGCUCGAAUUACAUUUCCAACCGCCUACGCAAUUUUUCUAAUAUUUUUCUUCGUACACUAUAAGGGAUUUUCAUAAGAAUUAGUGCAAUGGAAAUCGUUUAGUCAACUAAAGCAUAAAUUAAUA